AUGAAACAUCUCACAGCCAUGCGGUUUUUCUGCCUGCUUCCAUUCCUCUUCGUCCUGCUCCCUCUUGACGCCAAUGGCGACACCCGGAGCGUUAUCUGCCUCGGCCGUGGCAACAGCACAUCGAUCAACAGCGACUACGAAGCCAACAUCCACAGCCUAGCUGCCAUGCUUCGAUCCGAGACAGCAUCUGCCACCCCCGGUCUCUACACCGAAUAUGUCGUCGGAGAUCUCCCUGACGGUGUGUACGCAGUCUCACGCUGCCGCAACGGCACGGACUCCUCAUCCUGCCGAGCCUGCGUCACCUUGGCCCUCCAAGAAGCUCGAACAGCGUGCCCGUACCACAGGGAGUCUGCGUUCUUCAACGGCAACUGCUCUCUUCGUUUAUUACCUGGUGUCCAUUUCGACGACCUCGUACUUGUUUCCUCAGAAACAGAAAGCGUUCAAGAUGCCUGUCAUCUGGAGACAAUUAACCAUCAGCACCUACAGAAUUUUCAGAAUCAGCUCCUAGUUUCAGUGCAUCCUUUCCCACUUCCACUUAGAUCCACAUAA